AUGGUGGGUGGGAAAAGCCAGGGAGCAGAAGCAGGGGGGUUCCAGGCAGGAAAUAGACAUCAAGUGUCCGAGGGAAUUACUUACAGUCACAACUUUCAACCUGACGACAACAUCUCCUGUGCUUUGAAAGGACAUGAAAAUCACUCUUCUCCUUCACUGUAUGCUCCAAAGCUUCCCUCUGUGUCAGUGAGUCCAUCUGGUGAGAUAGUGGAGGGAAGUUCAGUGAAUCUGACCUGCAGCAGUGAUGGUAACCCAGCAGCUAACUACACCUGGUUUAAGGUGAAUAGUCGUGAUCCUCUCAGUCAGACACCACAGCUUAACUUCAGUUCCAUCCGAUCCUCUGAGUCUGGACAGUAUUCCUGUACAGCUAUCAACGCACUGGGGAACACAUCAUCUAGCAUUUAUAUAAAUGUUAAAUAUGCUCCAAAGCUUCCCUCUGUGUCAGUGAGUCCAUCUGGUGAGAUAGUGGAGGGAAGUUCAGUGAAUCUGACCUGCAGCAGUGAUGCUAACCCAGCAGCUAAUUACACUUGGUACAAGGAGAACCAAACACUGCUUCAAGAACCAGAAGGUGUUUAUAAUUUCACCUCCAUCCGCUCUGAGGACAGAGGGACCUACUACUGCAAGUCUGAGAAUCAAUUUGGACACAUCAACACGCCAUUUCUGUAUCUAAACAUCCAAUAUGCUCCAAAGAUCCCCUCUGUGUCAGUGAGUCCAUCUGGUGAGAUAGUGGAGGGAAGUUCAGUGAAUCUGACCUGCAGCAGUGAUGCUAACCCAGCAGCUAACUACACCUGGUACAAGGAGAAUGAAAAACAGCCUCUCAGACCAGGCAGCAUAUAUAACUUUGCCUCCAUCAGCUCUGAAGAUGAAGGGAACUACUGCUGCAAGUCUGAGAAUAAACAUGGACAAAACUCCUCAACUCUAUUUAUCAGUGUCCAGUAUGCUCCAAAGCUUCCCUCUGUGUCAGGUAGUGUUUCUGGUAGGUCAGUGAAUCUGACCUGCAGCAGUGAUGCUAACCCAGCAGCUAACUACACCUGGUACAAGGAGAAUGAAAACUCACCAAAAUCAUCAGGACAGACCUUCACCAUCACUCAUGCUGGGCCUGAACAGAGCGGGAAUUAUAAGUGUGAAGUCCAAAACAGCAGGGGACGUCACAGCUCCACCUUCCACCUGGUUGUUGUGCAAAUCAGUCUGGACGAUCCUGGUGAAGGUCUUUAUCUCAGACUUCUUUCAUUUUUAAUGUGCUCUCUUCAUUUCAAACCUGUGUCCACUCAGAUUUUAUCAAUUUAUUCAGAUUAAAUUAUGCACAGCUGUCUUUGGGGUAGUAGUGUUCUCCAUCCAGACAGUAAAAUUACUCAUUUGGUCCACAUGUUUGUGUCCGACACAUUAACCAAAUAAACCACAAAUGGCCUCACUCUGGCCCUACGUCAGGUAAUGUAAGUGA